AUGCCGCCGCGCCUCGUAACGCAAUCCAUCGCGGAUAGGCUGGAGAUAGACGGCUUUACCGGCGGAAGAUCGAACACUCAGCAUCCGUUCAAGCGUCGCAAAACAGAAGGGACAAAUUCGCGCAUUGACCGCAUGAUGGAGACCGUCAACGUUCUGUACACCUCCCCGACGAGUUCCUCCAGCUCUCGUUAUCGCAGACCGCGAACGUUCUCCUCGUCUUCUGCUAGUGCCGUCAGUUAUGACAUGCCGAAGACGCCUGUGGACGCAUAUAGUGGGUAUGACGAAGGGAGACUGGGCAAGGAGUUCUCUGUGCUAAAAAUGCCGAAGUCCGACAAUCCAGCGGCGGAGGAAAGCGCGCUCAUUGCAAGAAAUGACCCUUACAAUGAACGGCGGAGGCGUGCGCCUACACAACCCGUUCCCACAUGGCUCAGCAAAACCCUUUCGACUUUGGACCCUCGUCAUCCCCUACGUGUCCUUGUGCGGCAAGCUUCGUUCGAAGAGCGGCAAAAUGCAGGCGAACAUCACGACAUUCAACGUACCCACGCGCGACCAGAGAUGAACGCAAAACAGCCAGAACAUUCUGACGGAUCCGUCUUUGCCUUCUGUCCGCCAUCUAAUGAUACUCUUGAUGUGUCUGCUCCGCUGAGACAGACUCUGGACCCCUCCAGGGCAUUGUUCGCUGGGGAUCCAAGUCUUUUUGAAUCUGGCCAUGACGGCACGUACCAACAGCAAGAUGCUCUGCUACGCUCCAAUCGAAGUUCACAAGAAUAUGCACUCGAAUCCGUAGAAUUUAACAGUGCCACUUCGACACUACUUCCCCCAUUCUCAACACCUGGUCCCGCUGCUUAUAUUUCUAUUGUCACGCCCGCCAAGCAUGUCCGUCCACUUGACCUUGCUCAACUUGCGCCCGAUCUUCCUGACGAACUCACGGUCUCUGCCCUGAAUGACAACGACAACGCUGAAGAUGUUUUUGUACCUUUCUCUAAACCUGGCCCUCAGGCGUCAAGUCGAGAGCUCUCUGACUCAGUGACUCCCAUGCAUGUGGCUGCUCAAUCCAACCUACUAUUAGGAAGAUCUCGCGGGUUAGAACCUGUUUUGGCUUCCUUGUCUCCUCUGAAGUGGCAGUGUAACGGAUCCCAGCUUCAUCCCGGGCAAAAUAGCGAGGCUCAGUAUGGCCAUCGAACUUCAUCGUCAUCCGUUGUGCUUGACGGAAUCCUUGCAUCAUCGCCUUCACAUCCACCAGCUGUGCACUCUAUAAACAUGCUCGCAAUGCCAUCGCUGCUUGCAAACGAUUAUGACGCUGCUCUCACUGAGCUUUCAGGGAAGCAUUCUGAAAGCAUCGAUGCCAUACCAUUCUCUAUGCCAGGUCCCACGCAUUCAGUGCCCCUCCGACAAGCUGCGAUCAAGAUUUACUUCGACUCGCCCGCGGAGGAUCCUUCUAUGUCGGAUCCUACAGAGGAGGAUGACUACGUUCUGCCCCUAGACUAUGAUGCCGAGGCGCUAGACUUUAAAUGGGAGAAAUUCGACCGUGGAAGGACAGACAGCGAGCCACAGUCCAUUUCUGGCGUCUCCAACACCAACGCCGAUCUAGUACUACUCCGAACGCCUGACCUGUCAACCCCUCGUACGCCUGUCAUUCCUGACGAGAAUGAGACUUCAUCUUCUAGUCUGGGGUUCUCACCAUGCGAUGCGAACGCAGAACCAUAUCAAGACAAUGGCACCUGGAUACUACCGCCUCAUUCUCAAGUGCCAGGGACCACGAAGAGACGAUUUGGAAUAAAUGACGUUUCGAGAGAACAUCCAGAUGCUAUGGUACCACCUCCGACUCCGCCACGGCCAGUAUUCGCACCAGCACCCGGAAUCUUCUUGUCUCCUUUGCGUGGGGAAAAGGGCGUACCUGAGAGGUUCGUGCAGCUUGAUGAUGGCCAGCUGUCCAACAGAGGUUCAUCAGGUCACCAUGUCGACAGACAACUACCCUAUAAACAAUCCGAGCAGUCAGCUGUUGCGGCUGAGGACGAUUCAGGUCAGAGCACUAGUGAAGUGCAGACCAAAGGCAGUGUCGCCGAGCAUGCAGCAGACCGAGAAGAGAAUAAAGCCAACGGCGUCUCCCAGGUCGCUGCGCAGAGGCCAGUUCAACACACUCAUGAUGAGGUGGAGGAACAUCCUCAGGACGAGCAAGCACAGGCUGAAAUGUUUGAGGAGUAUCUUGCCGACGAAGAUGUCGAUGAUGCCAACGACGGCGUGCGAGAGGAGGCCUCGAACGAUGUACACGAUGAGUUACAACCGAAGGGGUCGCAAGAAUCGCAAGAAUCGCACGACACUAUUGAAUCUUGGACGGAUACUUAACAAUAGGCACAUAGAAGAUGCACUAGUACUACACGCGCUUCGUCU